UUUGCUUUGUAUUAGAAAGAAAACGUAAUCAUUGUUUUUGCUGCUGAUCAGGAUCCAGUAAAAGAAAAAAACAGGCUCAUGUUUGAUAUUUUCUAGAUUGGAAAACUGAAAUCAGUAGAUUGACUUUGGCAAUAUUAAUUAGUUCCUGUUUCUCUGGACAGAUGUACAGUCCUAUUUUAGAGGAUAGAGCAGAACUAAAAAAUGAAUAUCAGCAGACAGUUUUAUCCACUAUGGCUGUGAGCCCCUGAGCAGGACCCUGAAUCCCUACAAGGCUCCAGACGACCAGCAGGUGUCACUACAUGCAUCCUCUUAUUGUUCCACCGCAUCAUCACCCAUCAAGUCCUGCACUCAGUUAAGUCUUUAGAAACAAGUUCGACUGACAGCUGGUUUUUCAUGGACAAAAGCCUUCAUCGCAGACUGGGAUGGUCUUCAUUACAAUCUACAACAACAGAAGAGUGACACACUCUGAGAAUCUCAAUGCUAAUCUGAAAAGUUGAACACACAAAUAGCUCCUGUGUGGCCUCUAAUGGCUGACAGCAACACACCAACUGUCCCCGUCCUCAUCAGCAUCACUGCCAACCUAACCGGCAACACCACGGCCGCCGCCGUGCAUUUAGCCACAGUGAUCAACUGGUUGACGUUUAGCAUUGGGCUGCCUGCCAUUGCACUGGCUCUUUACACGCUCAAGAAUCUGUCCAAAGGUGACAGCAAAGUUCCCAUGCAUGUCGUUUUCCUCCUGGUGUCUGAUGUUAUCAGUUUCUUUGGUCGUCCCAAAGUGGACCCGAACGUGGCGAGUGGGACGGUCUUCUCCUCCAGCACCACUGACUUCAUCUUCUAUUUUGGUGUCAUCUCCAACGUCUCCCUCAUGCUGUUCAUAGCUCAGGAGCGUCAUCUCUCGGUGGCCUACCCUCAGUGUCUUGGCUGCUGUAGCAGCAUCAAGCGGUCUCCUGCAGUUGCCUUGGUGAAGUGGGCUGCUCCGUUAGCCAUCCUGGCCCUCGCCAUGCUGCAGUAUAACCUCUGGUUUGCAGUGUCUCUGCUCGCUCCUUUCCCCUUCCUACUCUUCUUUGCUGUCGACUCCUGCAGGGCCCUGAUUUGCUCCCGAUCCAACUCAUCGACCCCCGAGAGGAAGAGGGCGGUGUGGGGGAUCAGUGCUAUCUGGGCUAAUUACACCUUCCUCUACGUCCCCUAUAUCCUCAGCAUCCUCCUGGAGGCUCUGUCUUUUACAGAGACUGUGACUUACCUGAGGCUGGUGUCUCACCUGCUGCUCUACCUCAGCCCUCUGGUGGACCCCUUCCUCUACAUAUUCAUGACUAAAGGGCUCAAAGAGGUGCUGCAGGCGCUACCCUGCUGUCGAAACACAAGUCAGAAAGAGAACAUGAGACCGACUGUGGAUACUGUGGCUGAGACUGUGGCGACAAGACUUUGAGGAGGAUAUACUUUUCAAAAACAUUUCUAAACACAUCCAGCAGUCUAGUUUGGGACACUCAAUAUCCUCUUGGAUAUUUGGAGCAGAUGCCAAAACCAAAAAAAAGUUGGAUUUGGCAAAAGAAACCCUCUGCUCUUUAAAUCUCGAGAAGCCGAGCAGCAACCAGGAUUCUGCUGGGAGAACACAACAUCAAAUAAUCACAAUACCAAAACCUUAGCAUAUAAGGGGGUGGUUGGUUGGGGUGAUGGGGAGAGCUUUGGCAGCAAAUGGCAGUGGUGUGAGAACAUUAGCACUGUCUAUGAAGUGUCAGAUUUCAACUUCAUCAUGGAUAUGAUUGGAUAUUUUUGGUGGGCUGGUAGCCAAACAGCCGCUGAACAAGCCAGUGAUUGUGAAUGACAAAUGAAAUAGGGCUCAGCCUGAACUAAUGCUAUAGUUAUAUCAUUUCUGAUAACAACAUAACAGUCCUUCCACAAUCUUGCAAUCUUGUUUGUAGUCCUUGCGAACCGAAAUACCUGAAUUUGCAACGUUACAAAGAAAAUUUUGUCUAGUUUUUCAACAAAUAAAGGUUAAAAAAGUUUAACCUUUUUGCAGUUUCUUAAGAUCUCAUGAACAACCUGUAGGUGUGUAUUCCUGUCAUUAUAACUACUUGCAUGUGCAGUUUGCUAGCCAAGAAGGUAAAUGUGCUUUCCUAUUGGUUUGUUUUUGCAGUGAAUCAGGACACCAUAGUGCUUCCUACAGUGGGGUGUAAUGCUGCCAGUAAACUUCAUAAAAACCUAAUGAUUAGUUCUAAAAGUAGACAUGGUUCAGUUUUACUAAACUGGAGGACUUUGUUGGGAGUGAUAGGUUGGUGUAAUUACUGCCUGAAAAGAGAGAUUCUAGGGAGGACCAUUGUAAGAUUGAGAUUUGACUUAAAGUCUUCAAGUUUGCUCAUAAUCAGACCCCUCAAAGUUGAUUAUCUUGUAUGUGCACAUUCAUGGCUUUAAAGGCACUGGACCAAAAAUAAAUUUUUUUCCAAUGAAAAACUACUGUGCAGAACUCACACAGAUACCUCAUUUUUCUUUUUUUACUCUGAAAAUGACCUUUUUUGAUUUUCAUGCAUCCAUACACUUUAAUGUUGAAUCUUUUUGUAUUGAUGUUUAUUGUCAUCCUGAAGAAAUGUUACUUCUUUUUAACUGUAACUUAAAUAUAGCAGAGAUUGGUUGAAUUUGCAUCAGUUUCUGCAACGACAAGACUGCGAAAAUUCAGAGGGUCUUAAAUAUUGGCUGACGUUGAUGUUUUCCAGACUGACUGGCAGCAGUUUUAAAGUGACUAAAACGGAAUAGUGUAAUAAAACUGGUUACUGCCAAUAUAUAAUCAUAUGAUUGCAUUAAAUUGGUGGUGUCUGAUAAACCACAGAGAUAUUUUAGAUUAAAUAA